CCAUGGCUUGUUCCGAUGUUUGUGGUGGCAAAUGUCGCCGUUUUUGUUGUAGUGAUGUUUGUUAAUGAUUGUCCUAAGAACAACCUGCGAUAUGAAGGCGGCUGUGUGGCUAGGUUCCUCGGCAGGCUUUCUUUUCAGCCUUUGAGAGAAAAUCCUCUCUUUGGUCCUUCCUCUAAUACAUUGGAAAAACUGGGAGCGCUGAAGUGGAACAAGGUAGUGCAUGGAAAUCAAGGAUGGAGGCUUAUCACUUGCAUCUGGCUGCAAGCAGGAGUUAUUCAUCUGCUCGCCAACAUGUUGAGCUUGGUCUUUAUUGGCAUACGCCUCGAACAACAAUUCGGAUUCGUACGUGUUGGGCUUAUCUAUCUGUUGUCUGGUCUCGGUGGGAGCAUGCUAUCGGCUCUUUUCAUUCAGCGUAAUAUCUCUGUCGGUGCUUCCGGAGCUUUAUUGGCCUUCUCGGGGCAAUGUUAUCGGAGCUGCUGACUAACUGGACUAUCUAUAUAAUAAGGUAUGUUACUUCCCCUUGGUUUCUAUCU